CGACAUCUUAUUAGGGUGUUGUGUUUCGCACUCUUAUCCUUUUACAAACAUCAACUCAACUCAACUCAAUUUCAUCGUCUCUGUGAUCCCGAACCUCAACAAAUGCUUCUUCAAACGAGGCACCUCGGUGCCCCACUGGUAACACUCACACCCACAGCGAAAACCACCACCAGAAAAUUCUCAUGGUACCGUCCAAUCUCAAUCGGGGCACCGAAAUGCUCGGUUUCUUCGACCCAAUUGGAAAUGGAGUUGAGUAGCAGUAACACUACAAAACCGUUUCCAGCAGAAGUUUCAAGGACGAUAAUGGAGCUCGCGAGAGUCGGCACGCUUUCCACGUUGACCCAUGAGGGUUGGCCUCUUGGUAUUGGUGUCCGAUUCGCUGUUGACCCAGAAGAAGGCACCCCUUUCUUCUGCUUCAAUCACAAUGUCAUUUCCAACAACAAUGACAACACCCCAUCUUCUCUUCAUGUUCAGUUUAUACAGUGUGGAUUGCGUACCCCUCAGUGUACACUUCAAGGAACCCUUACCAAACCGCAGGAUCAAAUCAAAGCCAAGAGGCUUGUUUCUUUAUGGGGGAAGAGGUUUGGAGAAGAGGUUGAUGAAGAUUCUGUGUAUAUUAUUGCUGUGGAUAGGGUGCUGCACUUGGAUGAUUUUCAGGAGAGUGGUGUGUGGGUCACUUCUUUAGACUACAAAAAUGCUCAACCGGAUCCUCUUCGAGAGUUUGCGGAGGAAUUAGUCACUGAAAUUAACACUAACAACAUGGAAGACGUCACUCGCUUUUGCAAUGUCUAUGUUGAUCUGGAUUUCCCGGUCUCGCAAGCAAAGAUGGUAUGGGUAGAUCGGUUGGGCUUCGAUAUGCGUCUGUCUUGCCCUCUCCAAGGUACAUUUGAGGCUCGCAUUCCUUUCCCUAGAGAAGUGACCGAUGAAAAAGGUGCUAAGUCGUCAUUCAAUUGUAUGUCACAACUGGCUUGGGAGGUUGAAAAAAACUUCCAUCCUCCAGACUUUCAGAAGGUUAAACAAUUGAAGCAAGUAAAGUCCUGAUGCAAAAGUUGUCUUCUGUUUUUGUUCUCGAUCGUUGUGAAAUAUGCAUCCUUGGUAGAGCCUUGUAAUUCUUCAAGAAUUUCACAAUGUCUGUUGUGUUUGUAUUCUGUGAUGAUUCGUUUGGGGCUUGAUGUUUAGAUCAUUGUGAAAACUGAGCAUGAUGUAGUUUUGCACGUUAAGUCUUGGCAUUUUGUUUAGCAGGGCUUAUGUAUAUUGAACUUUCUUUUGAAAGAAAUGAGUUGAUGACAACAGGAUAUUGAUCUGCC